AUUUCCCAUUGCAGGAUGAGCUGCAGUGGGUUAGAGAGGAAUGUUUUUAGGGGGGAGGGAAUGGGCUCUUCCCUGUGAGGCCAUGAAAUCUGGGAGGAGGCAUUCUGGCUGUUUUCUGUCCCAAAAUAAUAUCCCUGUCACUGUGAAGGAAAUCCUGCCAUAUCAGUGCUUCAUUCAACGUAGAGGGUGGCUUCCAAUGUAAGUGUGCUCUGAAUGUGUAGUGUCUGUGGGGAACUCAGGAGAGAGCUGGGAUCAUCAGGGUCCUAGACCGUGUGCCAAAGAGCGUCUCAAUCAUUCCUUAUAUGGUGUGAAUAUUGACAGACAGAUUACUUUAUUAGUUCAGCUGGUAUUUUUUUUUUUUUUUUUUAUGGGAUUAGAAUAGUGCGUGUUCCCUCUGAUGACUAUUUGUAAGCUGUAUAGCACUGAAAGCGUUAACCGGUCUUUGUGACUUCCACAUACUUUGGUUGGCAUAGUAACAAUAUGGAAUACUUUUACAAACUGCUGAGUGGGAGUGUUGUAUUAUUUAACUGUUUCAGCGCUGGACUCCUCACAAAAUAAAAGUACUUACGGGGGACAGUACUCCUGCUGUAUAAUAGUCAGUACUGGGAAAAGUGACAUUGGAAAGGAAGAGCUUAUCCUGUCUACCCUGUACCUCCUCUGCCUCUUAGAAUGCUUUGGGGGGGAAAUGCUGGUUUAGGUUUUUAUUUGUUUCAGGAAUAAUUUCCUUCCUCUAGUUUCGCAUUCUUCUUCAGAUUCAGUGACAUUCAGAUCCGAAUUCCCUUUUUGCUGCUUGGGAACAUUUUCCCCCAGAUUUGUCAUGAAUCUGCAUGAAAAGCUGCUAAUAAUAUAUAAAAUUAUUCGAUCACCGUUCUCACGUAGAUCUAAGUCCGUUGAUCUGCAGAAAAUUUAGCUCAGGGUUGUCUGUGGCGGAGCUUCCAUUAGCUCUCCUGAGCUGAGCCCUGCACCGCCAACGGCCGGAGAAUUCCAGGUAAGAAGUUAAACUGUGAGCAAACUGUUAGACUACUUACAUUGGGAGUCGCCAGCUCACUUAUGGCACCAUAGCUACUACAGCGUGCUGUAGCGAUUUUAUAGUGCUUAGAAUGUUCCUUUAAGAUUCUGGUACCUGUUGUUAUGGUAACGGUGGCUAGUAUAGUUGGGGAAAUCAUACUCGUGCUACACCAGUCCGCUACAAAGUUAUUCCCCUCUGACUUUAUUAUUUUACAUGAGUGUCUAAACACUGCCGGUGGCUUGAAGAAAAACCCCUGACUUGGCGCUGAUCCUAGCAGGUGACUACCAAUCUUCAUCCAGCAUCUGACCCAAAACUGGUACCCAAGUUGCCUUUGAGAGUCCUGUCCUUUACCUUCACAAACGGGACAAAUCAAAGCGGAACUUCCUGCAGUAAAAUACACCAGGGAUCCUCAAAUAUUGUUCUUCUUCUGUUUGGAUUUUUAAAAACAUUUUUAUAGAAGUCUUUCUAUAGAUAUUUCUUCCCCCAACUCAAAACAAAAGGAUUGUCUCCUCACUGAUUGUGUAGCUCCAUUUUUCUAUGCUACUUUUCCAUUCUGGAUUUAGAUACUGGGAGAAAGGGUUAAACAUUCCAUUUUAAGUUUGGGCUGAGAAUGCAAGAUAUUUGUGGGAUGUAAUAUUUAGUCUGAAUUCUGAUCUGUGAGGAAAUGUCUGUGGACCAUAUGCCAGCAUUGCUCUACAGCUGAAGGUCCAAAGCACUGAUUCCUCUCGCAGACAGGAUCUGUCUGGGGCAAUUCAUGCACGUUAUAUAUAAAGAGCAAUUCAUGGCAAAACGUUUCUAAAAGCCGAGCAGUCACCAUGCAAACCAAUGGAAUAUUACUGCUACACCAAUCCCCUUUUUAGAGGUUUGCUUUUAGCUGUGUUUGUUUGUUUUUUUUUAUACAUAAUGCUCAAAGUGCGCUGCGGUAAGUUUUUUUUUUUUUUUUUGUGUAAUUCGUUACACCUUUCUGGCAACUGGAGGGUUAAUAUCUAUUGUAGUUAGAAAAAAAACAAUUUAUUUCAUGCAGACACAAAUGAUUGUUGAUUUAAGUCAAUUAGAAGAACAGAUAUGAUAGUGGUAUUUACACUUAAUGGCGCAGUGCGAGAGGCCGUGUGUAAUUGACAAAUGUGUGUAAUUUCAUUAUAUUCUCCCUCCCCCCUCCAUCUCGCUCUGUAACCACAAAACCUGCUUUGAUAUAUAAAUAGAGACAAAUAAUUACCAUCUCCUGUUAAAAUUCUGUUUUCUAUGCGAUUCACUGUGUCAUCGCGCAGGAAUACAUUCUUCCAUACUGAACAGAUUAUGCAACAUUGUAGCCCUUCUCUGAACCCUCUCUAAUAUCAUCGGUGUGAGCAGUAUGUGGUAUAUCUUCAUAUAUAAUUUGCAAUAUAUUGUGUGCACAUAUACAUGUAUAUUGCGCAGGAUAAGGCUGGUGAUCUGGUGGCUAAAGUCUGCUCUUGUUUUAAAAGACUGCUGUUAACUAAAUGGCCUCUAGGCUUUCAAGGCGUAUAAUAAUUGUGGAAUAGAUCUGCCCGAUGGCCACACAAAUAGUCGUACACAUGGUACAGAUGGCAGUAAAAUAGUGAUCCAUUUCAAAUAAACACCAUUACCUCUAUAGCACUCUGUAGUGGUUACGGAGCAUCCCCGCCCCCCUUGUAUGUAGUCAAACCAUCUAGUAAACAGAUUGACCGCUCACUUUGGGAGAGCACUCUGUAGUGGUUACGGUGCUUGGAGUUUAAUAUAUACUGUUAAUGCUUCCAGCCAAUCACAACACAGAAUUUAAAUUGUCAGUAACCAGAGACUGCAGAUUAGAAAACACUAAUGGCUGCCCCCUAUUAUUAUUUUUUUUUUUUUUAAAUAUGGUCUUCCAGUUGCAGUAAUGUAUUCUAGCAUUGAUCUAUAAAACAGUUUUUACAGACUGCGUUAUUUUAUAUAAAGUAAACUAACCCUCUGCUGAACAAUUAAUGUCUUUCCUUAAUGUGACUUGGGAAUUUAAUUAGAAAAAUCCAUUAAAUUUUUGAAUAAACAAAUAUUUCAUUGGUCUCAGUCUCCCUAAUGCUUCUUAAAUCGCUUUACAAACAUAUUUCAACAAAGUUUACUCGUAGAAUGUCUAAUCGAAGACGCGCCGGCUGCCCCUUAGUUAAUGAAUUAUCUUUGCUACAUACCUGUGUGAAUACAUCCUCUCAGUUGUUUACAUAAGAGGCAAGAAGACACCAUUGAAUGUGAUUAAGCACAGUUUAUACCCCAAAUAUAAUUCCUCUUUUUAACACCUGGCACCAACUGCAGCUGUGAAAGUCAUUCAGUUGUCUUUGGCACCCAGUUCAAAGAAUACACCCUCAAUAAACCUAAGUGAAUUUGCAUUGAGCUGUGCACCAGCAGGUGCGCUAUUGAAUGAUCUUGCUUAAUAACUGUUUAUUAAAUAGUAAUUUUGUUUUUGUGAAUUGUUACGCUCCUGCUAUUUUAAUCUUUAGUUUUUUUGGACUGCAGUUGAUAAUGACUCUUCAGUUGGUCAAACUGCAUCUCUCAUGCCGCUCAGGACCUCCUUUUCCUAACCAAACACACACUGAAGUCAGUUUAUUUUUAGGGGAUCAGUGGGGGAUGGUGUGUUGGCAUUGCAGAGGUUUUUGAUGCCGGCUCGUUUUCGCUUUGCACGGAGCUAUUUUGGUAAUUCCAAUAUCAAUCAAAGCCCAGCUGCACAAAUUAAACGAACAAAUAACAUUUGACGACGCUGGCAUUAUGAUAAUGACUUUUUUUUUGGCUUAAAGAAUAUCUUCAAUGCUAAUUAAACUCUAUGAAAGGAGGGCUGUUCUUCAGACAAGUGAACGCAAGGCUGUAUACAGCACAAUCUCCUAUAAUUUCUGACCCUGAUAUUUCUUCUCUCCUUCUGUGAUACAACCACUCCUCCUCCUCCCGAUCUCUUUGAAAUACAUUCCGUUUUAUCCUUGUUCUUUACCAUGUUGUAUCAAUUAGUUUGCCUAGUGUAUGUAUUGUGUGUUACUCCUCAAAUACCAUGUAUUCCAUGAGCAAUAAAGGCCUCAUCGCAUCCUUGCAGUGGAUAAGCUCCAUGGCACUAAAUGGGUUAAACAUAGUACGAUUGUGGGAAUUAUUCUCCAAACUGGCAAUUGCUCAUUUUUGUCUAAAAUAGCAGAGUUGGUAAACAUUACCUUAAAGCUGUCAUUUCUUUCCACCGUUUUCAGCAGUUGUCAUUUUAGUAAAUAUACCCUUAUAUAUCUUGAGUUAACCAUUUGCGUACCACGAGUCUGACUUACCAGAACCAACCGGCAUCGAUUAUUAUUUAUAAAGCGCCAACAAGUUCCGUGGCGCUGUGCAAUGGGUGGACUAACAGACGCGCAUUUGUAACCAGAUGAGUUGGGGACACACAGGAACAGAUGGAUUGAGGGCCCUCUUUGCCCCCAGUUUCAAUCUUUCUACGUAUUGCCCGUCCUACUCUGCUGUCUUCACCCCCUCCUGAUCUCUCUGCCUGCCAUCACUUCCUCUUAUGAAUAUGUUCUUUAUAUCAGUCGGUACUUUGUUUGCUGUCACGCAGGUGGUUCUUCGCCUCGCUUGGCGCAUACUCUGCAGUAAUUCAUUGCAGAAGCUGAAAAGCCUCACUGUAAAAUUUCUCUUUUUAUGCUCUGUUACUUGUCUAAACCAUUGCAUGGAUAAUUCGCCUCUGCUCGACCUGCGCAUUCUAAUAGUUUCUGUGAGAUAUGGAUUUACGACCUUUGUCCUCCAGCUGUUGGGCUACAUUUGCCAUAAUUCUCUGACUGCCAAGCAGUUGAACAACUCAUGUUUUAACUUUUCCUCUUAUAAACCUUCUGAUUUUUAAAUAAUUUGUGUACAGUGUAUUUUAAAAAGGGAGCUUCCUGCUGAGUCAGUUAAACCUUGGAAGUAUAGAAUUUAUAAUCUCAUAUAUUAGCCUCAUUUUUUAGCUCCAACAUUCUGUAGACCUGCACAUUUUUAUAAUUGGGAUUCAUAUAUUGGCACAUAAUUGGCAAAGAAAAAAAUUGUCAGACCGGUGAGCAGUGCCCUGCUCAAACAAGCUUACAAUCAUUUUGGGUGAAGUAGGUAACGGCCUGUUUCUUCCAGCGGCUAAAGACUUGAUAAUUGGCUAAUAACAGGCAGAAGACACAUGGAAACUGGCGUAUCCUUAAUAUAUUGAAGUGUGGUCCAUCAUACUCACUGAAUACGGCGACUGUUGAUUGCGUAGAAAAAGUGAUAAUGAUUGGACCUUCCUGAGAUCUCUCUCUAAUCAUGGGAUAAUGGGACCAGAUUGUGCACCAUCCCAGGGAAGUGGUUAUGGUGUUUGCAGUGCCCUUUUAACAAAGCAUGAGAAGGUCCUAUCUCCAUUCCAUUGUGUUGGCAUCGCACUUGGUUUAAAACCAAAUAGUAAAUACAAUAUAGAUCAUUGGGGGGGGAGGGGCUGUUUUCCUCUAAAUCAUCCUGAAAACCUUGUAAACUUCUGAUGGUACAUUUUAGAUUUGUUUUUAUUAAAAACUUUAUAUAGCAUUCCUGGGGGGCUGUGCUGGAUCCCCUCCACCCACCGUCUGGUAAUAAAGAAUAAAUUCAAAAACCUCCUGUAAGUCUAUUCUGUCUUUGUGUACCGCCAUUAACGUCUCCAAGGGCCUACGAUUGGUUUGUUGUUGGUUGAGACGCCAGCGACGAUCUAUUGAAGCUUUGAAACUGAGAAAACAUCAGCUUGCUCCAUUAAAUACAGGAGAUAUUAUGCAGAGCUGGAAAAGCAGAGGAGGGGCUGGUAAAAAAGCAAUUAAAGACUUUAAUUAAGCGACAGUUUUCUUUUUUUUUUUCAUCUCCUGGUGGCGCCUUGCCGUUUCUGUCUGACUCUCGCUGAACUUCUGUUAACGCUGAUGGACAUGCCACCUACGCUUCUUUAAUAUCCCAACGAUGGGAUAACAGAUUCUUGGAGGAGGUAAUUCAUUAACCCCUUCAAUCUCUGCACUAAAAGGAGUUACAUUUUAUUUCUUUGCUCUCUGUUUUGUUGCCCAUCACAGUAACUGGAUUCUUUUUUUCAGAAUGGUUAGCAACCCAGAGACAAAUCCUAAAAAUGGGUAAAUCAUUGCGCAGUAAGCAGCGUAUGGCUGUGGUUGGAUUUAAAUCCUAAUGAAAUCUUAACCUAAUCGGUCAUGGAUAAUGUUAUCUGCUCAUGCAAGGGCUUCGAUGGAGCUGUCUAGGAUGUAUUUGUGCCAUUGGAAUAAUGCAUCGAUGGAGCUUAGUUGAUGUAUUAUAAUGUAUGAUCUUCAUUAAAGCAGAUACUAACCCUAAUUAUUUAUUUUUAAAAAUGAAAUGUAAGUAUUUUAAAAAAAACCCCAAAAACUAUAAAUACUCAUUAACACUUCGCUUAAAGGGUAACUCUAACCAAAAAGUGUGCGACUAGUGUGUCACUUCCGAUCAUCCCUAGCCACCCAAAAAAAACAUAGAAUGUGUCGGCAGAUAAGAACCAUUCGGCCCAUCUAGUCUGCCCAAUUUUCUAAAUACUUUCAUUAGUCCCUGGCCCUUUUUUAUAGUUUGGAUAGCCUUAUGCCUAUCACACGCAUGUUUAAACUCCUUUACUGUGUUAACAUCUACCACUUCAGCUGAAGGGCAAGUCCAUGCAUCCACUACCCUCUCAGUUAAAGGACCACUAUAGUGCCAGGAAAACAUACUCGUUUUCCUGGCACUAUAGUGCCCUGAGGGUGCCCCCACCCUCAGGGACCCCCUCCCGCCCGGCUCUGGAAGGGGGAAAGGGGUAAAAACUUACCUUUUUCCAGCGCUGGGCGGAGAGCUCUCCUCCUCCUCUCCGCCUCCGUUAAGCCCCGCCGGCUGAAUGCGCACGCGCGGCAAGAGCUGCGCGCGCAUUCAGCCGGUCACAUAGGAAAGCAUUCAUAAUGCUUUCCUAUGGACGCUGGCGUGCUCUCACUAUGAAAAUCACAGUGAGAAGCACGCAAGCGCCUCUAGUGGCUGUCAAUGAGACAGCCACUAGAGGCUUUGGGGGAAGGCUUAACCCAUUCAUAAUUAUAGCAGUUUCUCUGAAACUGCUAUAAUUAUGAAAAAAUGGGUUAACCCUAGAAGGACCUGGCACCCAGACCACUUCAUUAAGCUGAAGUGGUCUGGGUGCCUAGAGUGGUCCUUUAAGUAAUACUUCCUGGUAUUAUCUAUAAAACUUUGCCCCUCUAAUUUAAGACUAUGUCCUCUAGUUGUGGUAGUUUUUAUUCUUUUAAAUAUAGUCUCCUCCUUUACUGUGUUGAUUCCCUUUUAUGUAUUUAAAUGUUUCUAUCAUAUUCCCCCUGUCUCGUCUUUCCUCCAAGCUAUACAUGUUAAGGUCCUUUACCCUUUCCUGGUAAGUUUUAUCCCGCAAUCCAUGAACCAGUUUAGUAGCCCUUCUCUGAACCCUCUCUAACGUAUCAAUAUCCUUCUGAAGAUACGGUCUCCAGUACUGUGUACAAUACUCCAAGUGAGGUUUUACCAGUGUUCUGUACAAUGGCAUGAGCACUUCCCUCUUUCUACUGCUAAUACCUCUCCCUAUACAACCAAGCAUUCUGCUAGCAUUUCCUGCUGCUCUAUUACAUUGUCUGCCUACCUUUAAGUCAUCAGAAAUAAUCACCCCUAAAUCCCUUUCCUCAUAUGUUGAGGUUAGGACUCUAUCAAAUAUUCUGUACUCUGCCCUUGGGUUUUUACAUCCAAGAUGCAUUAUCUUGCACUUCUCCACAUUAAAUGUCAGUUGCCACAAUUCUGACCAUUUUUCUAGUUUACCUAAUUCAUUUGCCAUUUGGCUUAUCCCUCCUGGAACAUCAACCCUGUUACAUAUCUUAGUAUCAUCAGCAAACAGACAUACCUUACCAUCAAGACCUACUGCAAUAUCACUAAUAAAAAUAUUAAAGAGAAUGGGUCCAAGUACAGAUCCCUGAGGUACCCCACUGGUGACAAGUCCAAGCUUCGAAUAUAUUCCAUUAACUACAACCCUCUGUUGCCUGUCACUCAGCCACUGCCUUACCCAUUCAACAAUAUUGGAAUCCAAACUUAAAGAUUGCAGUUUAUUGAUAAGCCUUCUAUGUGCAACAGUGUCAAAAGCCUUACUGAAAUCUAGGUAAGCAAUGUCUACUGCACCACCCUGAUCUAUAAUUUUAGUUACCCAAUCAAAAAAAUCAAUAAGAUUAGUUUGGCAUGAUCUCCCUGAAGUAAACCCAUGUUGUCUCUGAUCUUGAAAUCCAUGUGUUUUUAGAUGUUCAGCAAUCCUAUCCUUUAACAUGGUUUCCAUCACUUUCCCCACUACUGAAGUAAGGCUUACUGGCCUAUAGUUGCCCGACUCCUCCCUAUUACCUUUCUUGUAAAUGGGCACAACAUUCGCUAACUUCCAAUCUUCUGGGACUAGUCCUGUUAACAAUGAUUGGUUAAAUAAAUCUGUUAAUGGUUUUGCUAGUACACCACUAAGCUCUUUUUAAAAAAAAAAAAAAAAGAAAGAAUAAAAAAAAAGGGGGGAAAGAAUAAAGCUACGUCACUUCCACUGCGGUGCUGAGGUCAGCUACUCCAGGCAAUACGUUCUUCCUCCAGAGACGUCACACACUCUCUCUCACUGAAGGGUAAGGUAUGUUGUGGAGGACUUGGGCGGCAUGUUGGCGUGGUGUGCUACCAUUGGUUGCCUGUUGUGCUUGCUGUGUGCACUGACAUUAGAUGUCCAGAAUGCACAGAAUUGACAUUAGCCAGCCCAAAAAUCUUAUUCCGGGCUGGCUAAUGACUCCCUAAUGGCGCUGAAGGAGGUGAAAUAACACCUCUAGCAGCAGAGGGUUAAUUUCAGUAUAUUUGCAGUGUAUCGCACUGAAACACGGCUCAUGCAGACCCCAAGCACCAUGUACAAUGCAAAUCACUGAAAUGGUCAUGGUGCUUGCAAGUAACCGUUAAACACUCUCCUAAAUGGUAAUUAUGUGUUUUUUGUUGUUUUUUUAAUUUGAUCUUGCCAGCAGAAUGUAUUUUUUACAUUGCUAUACCUACUUGAUAAAGGAUCUCAUCGAACAUCUUUUGUGUGCCUCAAACCUUUAACUUUGAGUACACUGCCAGCACUGUGAGGGUUAAAGUUAUCUGUUACAGGGCAGGCUUGUUGUGCCCACCCCAGGGCAGUUACAUACUGGUGAAUGAGGGGCAAACACUGGGAUAUUUAUUAAACUGGCUUAGAUAUAACUGCUCUGAUUCUUAAAGGCUCCCACUGCCAGCAUGCUGAGCUCCGACGCCUUGCCAAACCCUGGCAUCUUGCAUUCACAAUGAGGGAGGGGGUAACCGAGGCGCCCUGUCUAAUUAUUCCCUUUACUGGGAAUGUAAUCCUCCUGAGCUCACAAUGCUUGGAAGCAGCGGGAAGUCUCAUUAGUCUCUCAUUGUCCCGGUUUCUGGGCACGCAUACCACGUGUGCUUUGCAAUUUAUGCCACACAUGCACAAAUCAAUAUGUUUUAAAUCAAUAAUUAUGUGUAAAGCAACGAAUGUAGAUGUACACAAGCCAUAAACAGUUGUCUCUGCAUUAACGCCAGCAAGCCGUGAAUUGCAUGGAAUGUCAAGAGCUGCUUAAAUACUGAUCAUAGAUCUAUGGGAUUGUAAACUCUUGGGACAAGAAGCCUCAGUUUCCAUCUGCACCAGUUUUACUGUUCUAAAAAUGUAUUUACUUUUUAAAGUGGUGGCUAAAUAAGGAAACAGAGAGUUGCAGAUAUUGGUAGAAUAUAGAGGGAAUGAAGAGAUAAGUGAGUGAUAAUUUUAAACAGUUGCAGGAGCAUGCUAUAAAUUUAGGGGGAACCUGGGUGGGUUGAGCCGAGUACAAUUGUAGAGGCUAGGGUCCUAGGGAUGAUGUGUAGGAGUACUGUAGGUACAUGCUGCCCUACAAGGGUAUACAAGAGAAUUGCAUUCCCACUAGGUAGUAGCUCUGAUAAAUGGUCCUCCAGGUUUUAUCUUCCUUUUUGUUCUGGUUAAACUUACAGUAUAUCUUCGUGAUGUAUUUAAAUGAGCUGUUCUUUGUGUUCUUGGCAUGGCAAUCUCUGUAGAAAGAAUUCGCCUUGUGGAUAAUGACUUGCUAAAACUUUUAAUAAACAUAGUAAAACAAAUAAUGCCCUAUGGGAAAUACCCUAUUAGGCAACCGUUCUCAUUUUGCAUACGGUUAUAUCAGCCUGACCUCACUGACAAGGUCUAAAUGCUACAAUUGGCCAUCUGAGCUUGCUGCAUGUCUUGUACAGAGGUAGCCUGCUUGGUAUAUGUUUUUCCGAGGAUGCCAAUGUGGGUGGCAUUAUGUGAAUGAUGUAGACACUGUAACUUCUUAAUCUCACUGAUGUGUUUUUAGUGUCUACAGCCUCCUGGUGCUGUCCUUCCAUUCAGCAUUAAAUCGUUUUUUAAUCUUUUAACACUAAAUGGUCUCCAGCAGCCCACCCCCUCCAGGCUGUUCAGGCUAAUGAGGAAGUAUUUGCCUGAGGAGCAAUGGGUGGCCGUGAUUGGCUGAGAGUGUCAUCUGACUGCUUUCUGCCUAUCACAUUGCUGGUAUGAAUUUGUAUGGCUAGAAGGAAGUAUAAUCUCUGUCGUAGCCACAUCUCCACUAGUGGCCGGAGCUGUGGGAAGCCAGAGCUUCUCAUGAAGUGUUAUACUGCUUGAAAAUGGUUUAACAGCGACUGCAGGCACUAUAACCAAUUCAAUAAAAUUAAAUGGUAAACGUGCCUACAGUGUCCCUUUAAAAUACUUUCGAGGCAUUUUGGGUGGGAGCUAGAUAGCAAAAGCUAUAAAUAUUUUCUCUGUGCAUGUUUUUUUACAUUUCCUUUUUUGUUUAAUAAAGACGUCAUUCUGUUAGGAGUAGGAUGUCUUCCCGUGUUCUGCCUGGAAUAAAAGCUUUGUGACUUGACUCCAUUGUAUAUAAUAUACAUUCCGGCUUUAUGAGCUCUGUUCCUUGUUCAGUUUUAUUGCUGUAAUUUAAACUCUCUCGAAAGAAAAUGACUGUCACAGGAAACUAGACCACGACAAAGCAAAAUAACGGGGUUAUUCACUUAAGUGUGAAUUUCAAAUUGUAAUCAUCCUGGAAACAGAGGGAAAUUGAAUGUUUACAAUUUGGCAAUCUUGGUUUGCAAACUGUAACAAUGGGGGGAAAAAAAUAAAAAAUCUCCAGCGUGGAAUCUCCCCAGUAUCGGUGGAUACUACACUAAAUUUUAACGUGAAAUGAAAUCGCGCUAAAUGAACUAAAUUGUGUUUAAUCUGUUGUAAGAGCAUUGUGAAUAUAUAAUGCAAAGUUAAAGGGACACUCCAGGCACCCAGACCACUUCUGCCCAUUGGAGUGUUCUGGGUGGCAACUCCCACUACUCUUAACCCUGCAAGUGUAAUUAUUGCAGUUUUAUUAUAAACUGCAAUAAUUACCUUGCAGGGUUAACUCCACCUCUAAUGGCUGUCUAUUAGACAGCCACUAGAAGGCACUUCCUGGUUCUUACCACAGGAAACCUUGCGCUGUGUGAGGACUUCCAGCGUUGCUCAUUUCCCCAUAGGAAAGCAUUGAAGUGUAUUUUCAAUGCUUUCCUAUGGGGAGUGCUAAUGCGCAUGUGCGGCAUUGCCGUGCAUGCGCAUUAGGUCUCCCUGGCCGGUGGGCAGGAUCAGUCUCGCCCAUCAGCCUUCGCAGUCAGAAGGAGGAGCGGCGCGGAGGGAGAAGCAGCGACGUGGGACAUCGUCGCUGCCUCAGGUAAGUUACUGAAGGGGUUUUCACCCCUUCAGCAACCGGGGAUUGGGGGGUGGGAGGGAGAGGGAACCUGCAGUGCCAGGAAAACUGAUUUAUUUUCCUGGCACUGGAGUUUCCCUUUAAUGUGAUAAAAAUAUAGUGUUAUAACUAACUAUAACAACUAUAACUAUAUAACAAAACCAUUAUAGUGAUACCCAUAUCCUAUAUCUGCUCACUAUCAAAUACAAAUUAAUAUUUAAGUGACGUUGCUGCUAUCCAGAACAUACUCAAAUUUAUACAUUCCUGUUUGUUUGCGGAGAUGGGUGAUUUUAAGUAGCUUUGUAAAACUUAAAACUAUUGUAAUAUGUGCGCUGUUCCUUAUAUUUGUUGUAUAAAUUGUGGUCUCCACUGAAAAAUGCAAGUAGUUUUUUUGGCUGUAGUUGUCUUGAUAUGCAGAGACAUGAUGUGAGGAGCAGAAUUACGCAAGCCUCUAAAGUCUAUACAUGUUAACAGAAUGAGUCAACCGUUGGACCUGUUUAAAACUGGGAGAUUUGGGUACAGCCAAAAAGGUUAACAGGAGGCCAGGCGUUUCUGACCCGUUCUGGAACUGUGUGAUUCUGUGAUCACUACAACAUGCUUACUUUCUUUGUCCAAUGUUAUCUCUGAGUACGUGUGCACAAUCGGUUAUAUGAGCUCCUGUCCAUGUGUGAUAACCAGCUCCCUGUGGUUUGUAAACUUAAAUAGUUAAGACAGUAAUUGGAGUGUGCCGGAAUGGAGAGGGGGGGUUAGGGGGAGGGGAGGCACGGCUACAUUUCCAGUUUUGUUUUCCUGGCAUUAGAAAAUUACCUAGCACCAGCUUACCACUUUAAAGGAACUCUAUAGUGUAAGACUACCUAUCUAUCUCCAUGUCUGGCUUACAUACCUCUUCUCCAUCCAUGCGCUAAUCUCGCACUGCUGGCCCCGCCUCCACGGCUAUUCUCUUCAAUCUUGGUAAAUAGAGCUUUGUUGUGAAAUUGUAAGCCCAGUGCUUGCUUCGGAAUAUUGCAGAGCAGAGUCACACAGACCGGCAUGUACAAGCUUUUAUAUAUUGGGUAGGCCCACACCCUGGCAAUAUGCACCUCCCUGGGCAGGCUAACUCAGGAAUGAUAUGAUGGCCCAGAUGCUGGGGAUGUGUAGUUUUUGCAGGAACGUCAAAGUUUAGUAUCAUUAUUGAAAACGAUGGUUUGCUAUAGAUUGAGGUAACACUGUUAAAGCCAAGAAAGGUAAUAGGGAGGAGUCGGGCAACUAUAGGCCAGUAAGCCUUACUUCUGUAGUGGGGAAAGUGAUGGAAACCAUGUUAAAGGAUCGGAUUGUUGAACACAUGGAUUUCAAGAUCAGAGACAACAUGGGUUUACUUCAGGGAGAUCAUGCCAAACUAAUCUUAUUGAUAUUUUUUUUGAUUGGGUAACUAAAAUUAUAGAUCAGGGUGGUGCAGUAGACAUUGCUUACCUAGAUUUCAGUAAGGCUUUUGACACUGUUGCACAUAGAAGGCUUAUCAAUAAACUGCAAUCUUUAAGUUUGGAUUCCACUAUUGUUGAAUGGGUAAGGCAGUGGCUGAGUGACAGGCAACAGAGGGUUGUAGUUAAUGGAAUAUAUUCGAAGCUUGGACUUGUCACCAGUGGGGUACCUCAGGGAUCUGUACUUGGACCCAUUCUCUUUAAUAUUUUUAUUAGUGAUAUUGCAGAAGGUCUUGAUGGUAAGGUAUGUCUUUUUGCUGAUGAUACUAAGAUAUGUAACAGGGUUGAUGUUCCAGGAGGGAUAAGCCAAAUGACAAAUGAUUUAGGUAAACUAGAAAAAUGGUCAGAAUUGUGGCAACUGACAUUUAAUGUGGAUAAGUGCAAGAUAAUGCAUCUUGGACGUAAAAACCCAAGGGCAGAGUACAGAAUAUUUGAUAGAGUCCUAACCUCAACAUAUGAGGAAAGGGAUUUAGGGGUGAUUAUUUCUGAUGACUUAAAGGUAGGCAGACAAUGUAAUAGAGCAGCAGGAAAUGCUAGCAGAAUGCUUGGUUGUAUAGGGAGAGGUAUUAGCAGUAGAAAGAGGGAAGUGCUCAUGCCAUUGUACAGAACACUGGGGAGACCUCACUUGGAGUAUUGUACACCGUACUGGAGACCUUAUCUUCAGAAGGAUAUUGAUACGUUAGAGAGGGUUCAUGGAUUGCGGGAUAAAACUUACCAGGAAAGGUUAAAGGAUCUUAACAUGUAUAGCUUGGAGGAAAGACGAGACCGGGGGGAUAUGAUAGAAACAUUUAAAUAUAUAAAGGGAAACAACACAGUAAAGGAGGAGACUAUAUUUAAAAGACGGAAAACUACCACAACAAGAGGACAUAGUCUUAAAUUAGAGGGACAAAGGUUUAAAAAUAACAGGAAGUAUUACUUUACUGAGAGGGUAGUGGAUGCAUGGAAUAGCCUUCCAGUUGAAGUGGUAGAGGUUAACACAGUAAAGGAGUUUAAGCAUGCGUGGGAUAGGCAUAAGGCUAUCCUAACUAUAAGAUAAGGCCAGGGACUAAUGAAAGUAUUUAUAAAAUUGGGCAGACUAGAUGGGCCGAAUGGUUCUUAUCUGCCGUCACAUUCUAUGUUUCUAUGUUUAAAGCCGAUGUUUAUAGACAUCCAAUCCAGUGAUUCUCAUAGAGGAGCAUUGGAGACGAAAAGUGCAAGCGCGGCCAGCUCUAUUGGAUGUUGGCUGUGAGAAAAGAGUUUUGACUCCAUUCUCACAGCCGAAGCACCUCAAGGGCCUGUCAGACAGCCACUAGAGGUGUGUAAACCCUGCAAUGAUUUGCUGUAUCUACUAAAUGGCAAUGCUUCACAUUGGAAGGUUAAAGCUAAAUGACUACUGCACCUAAACCACUUUAGUCAGAUGAUGUGGUCUGGGUGUCUUUUGUGGUCCUUUAAGAAAGUGGAGAUUUAUACUAAAAUUGGUUAAAUCAAUCAGUGGUUUCUAUGGUGAUUACUCCACUUUUGCAGUGCAAAUUUUUAUUAUCUGAAAAGUUCCUAUAUGGAACGAUUUCAUAGUUUUUCCUUUUUUUAUUUGCAGUGCUAUACAGUGAGGGGGGAAAAGUAUUUAAUCCCCUGCUGAUUUUGAAUUACACGGAAUGUAAUUCAAGGAGAAGUUCAAAAUAGUCAGGUUGGGAAAAAAGUUAUUAAGUUGGAGCUACAGUGAGGGAGAAAAGUAUUUGAUCCCCUGCUGAUUUUGAAUGUUUUUUGUUUUUUUUUCAUUGACAAAGAAAUGAUCAGUCGUCAGUUCUAACUGUAGGUGUAUUUUAACAGUGAGAGACAGAAUAACAACAAAAAUAAAAUCAAAGUUAUAAAUUGAUUUCCCAGGUGUCUUUUCUACAGGUAACAAGUUGAGAUUAGGAGCACUCUCUCACAGGGGGUGCUCCUAAUCACAGCUUGUUACCUGUAGAAAAGACACCUGUCCAUAGAAGCAAUCAAUCAGAUUCCAAACUCUCCACCAUGGCCAAGACCAAAGAGCUGUCCAAGGAUGUCAAGGACAAGAUUGUAGACUUGCAUAAGGCUGGAAUGGGCUACAAGUCCAUCGCUAAGCAGCUUGGUGAGAAGGUGACAACAGUUGCUGCAAUUAUUCGCAAAUUAAAGAAACACAAAAUAAGUCAGUCUCCUUCGGUCUGGUGCUCCAUGCAAGGUCUCACCUCGUGGAGUUUCAAUGAUCAUGAGAACGGUGCGGAAUCAGCCCAGAACUACAUGGGAGGAUCUUGUUAAUGAUCUCAAGGCAGCUCGGACCAUAGUCUCCAAGAAAACAAUUGGUGACACACUACGCCGUGAAGGACUGAUAUCCUGCAGCUCCCGCAAGGUCCCCCUGCUAAAAAUAAACACCUGUACAGGCCUGUCUGAAGUUUGCCAAUGAACAUCUGAAUGAUUCAGAGGAGUACUGGGUUAUGGUCAGAUGAGACCAAAAUCAUGCUCUUUGGCAUCAACUCAACUCGUCGUGUUUGGAGCAGGAGGAAUGCUGCCUAUGACCCCAAAAACACCAUCCCCACCGUCAAACAUGGAGGUGGAAACAUUAUGCUUUUUGGGUGUUUUUCUGCUAUGGGGACAGGACAACGGCACCGCAUCAAAGGGACAAUUGACUGAGCCAUGUAGCAUCAAAUCUUGGGUGAGAAUCUCCUUCCCUCAGCCAGGGCAUUGAAAACGGGUCGUGGAUUAGUAUUCCAGCAUGACAAUGAUCCAAAACACACAGACAAGGCAACAAAGGAGUGGCUCAAGGAGAAGCACCUUAAGGUCCUGGUGUUGCCUAGCCAGUCUCCAGCUCUUAAUCCCAUAGAAGAUCUGUGGAGGGAGCUGAAGGUUUGAGUUGCCAAACGUCUGCCUCAAAACCUUAAUGACUUGGAGAGGAUCUACAAAGAGGAGUUGGACAAAAUCCUUCCUGAGAUGUGUGCAAACCUGGUGGCCAACUACAAGAAAGGUCUGACCUCUGUGAUUGCCAACAAGGGGUUUGCCACCAAGUACUAAGUCGAAGGGGUGAAAUACUUAUUUCAUUCACUCACAUGCAAAUAAAUUGAUAACUUUUGACAUGCGUUUUUUGUUGUUGUUCUGUCUCUCACUGUUAAAAUAUCAAAAUGUUCAACUUCUGAAUGAGCAAUCUGCAUCUUUUUCAUUCAAAACAAAAAAUAAUUAUAUGACUGAGUAAAUGUCUGCCGCUGGCAACCUCUGUUUUCACUUGAGAGAGUAACUCUUAUUCAUGUUUGCGUGUUAUGAGGUUUUCGUUUUCUUUUUUUUUUUUUUUUUUUCUUGUGAAUGGGAUAUAAAAAUCACAGGUGCAUUGUGGGGCUUUACACAUGUUCCGUAAUUUAUUUACAGAUCACUAUGGUUGGCCAGAGAUCGGCCACAAGAUUUCAGCCACUCCCUGUGUUUAUUUUGUGGACCUUGUUCUUUUCUACUGGAGUCUGAUUUUAGAAAUAAAUUUGGGAUCUGAUUUUUGAAGGUGUGUGUGUGUGUGUGUUUCUUUCUUUUUAUUUAUUUAUUUUUUACUACCAUUAUAACUGCCUUCUCAAUGUAUACCUUCCAACAGUCCCAGAUCUGGCAGAACAGUCUUCGUUUGUGUCCUCUGACUCACCAUCCCAGGUAUUUUUCUCUGGUGUCUCCAGAAGAACACCUAAACAGUGCGGCACCAGCACAUCAGUAAACCUCCUUCAAUGCUGGGUAUUUCUGCACAUUUGUAGCCAUUAUGACACUCAAUCAAAUAAGCACACCUACUGAUGUGCAUCACUAAUAAUGACCAACAUCCCUGCCUCACUUCUUCUUUUGGCUCAGCACCCGUCCAUCCAUUAUAUACCUCCCUAUGGUAGGAAACAUGUAAUGGUUCAUGAAUCAUCUCUUACUUGUUUCAUUAGUCUGUAAUAUAGUGUAGAAACAUAUCUUGUCCAUUUCUGAUAGUUUGCCAUUGCAAGUUUUAGCUCUCCAAGUGUCAAUGAGACCACUGAAUUAAAAAAAUGGUUAACACAAGUUAUGAGAUUUAAAUAUUCCAUUCAAUGGCGAAACGUCCAGAAAAGUGAUUGAUUACCUUUUUAAUAUCAGAUACCACGAUCGCGUGGACCGUAUAAAAAUGUAAAAGCAGAAGAAUUUCUAUUUGAUAAUAAGAUGUACUUCUGAGAAUGUAGCAAGCAGUCGUAACAUUCAUAUAUCCCAAAGUAUCAGCCUGAUCCUAAAACACGCAAGAACAGUGAGAGUAACCCACCACGUGGUGAGAGACAAGAUAAUGGACAGAGCACAGACUACAUCAAAAUCCAUUCUGCUUCUAGCCGUAGGACUCCCAUGGCUCAGAUCAGCCUGGCUCUUCAGUAUCUGAAUAAGUAAAAGUAUAAAUUUAAAGCAGUACCCUUAGCAUCUAAAGCCAAUCUCAUCCCUUGACAUUUUUUUUUUCUUCUUCUACAUGAAUUUUUAUUUUAUUUUAUUUUUUUUGUUGCUAUUAAAUGUUUGAGGGAAAAUUCUGAGUAGACAGAUCAUAUCAAGGCAUUUUUUUGCUGUAGAUACCUUGAGCAAAAUGUAUUUUUUUUUUUUUAAAUAUUUGUAAACUGACAGAUAUUUACUAACCUAUUCUCUCUGUACAGAGAUAUAUAGUUCCCAUCAGGCUGCGCUCAGUCUGUAGUGGUUUUGUUAGUGUUUUUUUUAAUUUAUUUAUUUUUUGCCCGGAUCCAUACUCAAGGAGGGUUCGUGUUUCUCCAUUAAAUAACAUUCUAUUCUUUUGCCAUGUGUAAAAAAAAGUUUGGUUUUUUUUUGUUUUGUUUUUCUUGUCCUACAUAUGUUUGGAUGACAAGGUCUUGAGAAUAUUGAGAAUAUUUUGUUCUUAUUUAUUGAUGUAUGGAAUUGGGUUUUCCUUUUUUUUUUUUUUUUGAAUUCUUUAUUUUUGCAGUGCUUAGGUUUUACACACACGCUUGUCAAGCCACAAUAGCUAGUCCAAGCCAAUGAAGUAGUACAUGUUUUACAUUUCACAAUAUCAUGGCAUUCGUCCAUAGCACUUUUUUUUUGUUAGUUACAGAACCUGGUUACACGGGAAAUCUGCUAUUCUCAUCGUUUGGUCAUUUAGUGAACUGGUUAAUCCUGUAACCUAUGGGUUAACAUGCUUGGUGAACUUCGCUAAAUCUUGCUUGUAACAAAGUAACAUCGCUGUACUAGUUAGACAUAAGGUUUUUAUGCUGUGUCAAUACAGGUACAGCUUAAAAUGUGAAUAUACAGGGUAAAGGUACUAGGUGAUACUUGCACCCGUUUUAAGUGACUGAUUACUCAUGGGUUAACUUUGCUAGGGCAUUCUAUCCUGCUUUUGCGGUUGCGAUUGCUUGGAACAUAGUUUAGCAUAUACUUAGAGUCCUGAGAGUAGUAGCUUGUAUGAGCACCCCACACCUUCGCUGGCGUGCAGUUAGGUAUUCCUGCUCCCCGGAGGGAUGUUGGGCAGGCUUUGAGACUCAUGCUGGUUCCUCAAGUCCUGUCUGCCCGGGUUCUGUUUUGUGGCUGCUGAAGGUUGGUAAGUCCCCCUGAUUUUGUCGCAGCUGCUUUCCUCCAGCCGUUUGGUGUCUUCUCCUUGCGGUUUGGCAGUUAGGUUUGGAGGUGAUGUGCAUUCUCUGCCGGCAGGCUGAGCAUGCCCGGGGGUUUGUCUAUUAGAUCUGGGUGGCUGCAUGUGUCCGCUUGUAGUCGCCUUCCAAACUCACAGGGCUUGUGUAGGAGCCGCAGGUAUCUGUGUGAGCCAGCAGGGUCGCUGCGCCGCCAUUUUAGAUAUGGCUCGUGGCCUGGUCUGCAUGUUGGCGGUCUUUCUGGGCCCCGGGUGUUUCGUGGUAGCAGAGGCUGCAGAGCGUAUAGGGUGUGGGCCGGGAUCACCCCCGCCGGUCCGGGGGGGGGGGAACAGGGCCCGGUCCGCUCAGCUAAGGGAGUCUGGCCAGACAGCAUCGGGCAGGAUAGCGGGCGGCGGCCGUCCGUCCGUCUCGCUCACCGCCUGAGUAGGCCUCAUCCAGAAGGAGCGGUGCGUAUCUCUCCAGGGGACUAAAACGUUAGUCGCAAGCCUCUCCCCGGUUCCAGAGUCUCCCAUGUGCCGGCCCACCUCCGUAGGUCGUCGGGUAGGGCAAAAAGUUUCUUGUUAUAGAUUAAUGCUUUGAAAGUUGCUGGAGCUGCUGUGCCAUGCGACCGGCCAGCAUGGCGGUCAGGCCCCGCCCCCUGGGUUUUCUUUUUUUAUGUGAUCCACAGGAAGUAAUUUUAUUUUUGGGGCAACUUUUUUUUCGUUUUGUUUUCUAUGUUAUAUAUUUGUUUAUUUUAAUUUUUUUAAAACUAUAUUGUUUCUACUUUAUGAAGUUCAAUAGGUCGGUGAAGACUAAUUGCCUACUAUUAAAGGGACCCUAUAGUCACCAGAACAACUACAGCUUAUUGAAUUUGUUCUGGUGAGUAGAAUCAUUACCUUCAGGCUUUUUGCUGUAAACACUGUCUUUUCAGAGAAAAUGCAGUGUUUACAUUACAGCCUAGUGAUAACUUCACUGACCACUCCUCAGGUAGCGGUUAGAGAUCCUUCCUGGGUCAUGGCUGCCUAAAAUGCAUCCAAACAUUCAGUGUCUCCUCCCUCUGCAUGCAGACACUGAACUUUCCUCAUAGAGAUUCAUUGAUUCAAUUCAUCUCCAUGAGGAGAUGUUGAUUGGCCAGGGCUGUGUUUGAAUCAUGCUGGCUCUGCCCCUGAUCUGCCUCUUUGUCAAUCUCAGCCAAUCCUAUGGGGAUGCAUUCUGAUUGGAUCAGGCUACCACUUCUGAUGAUGUCAGCAGACUGCUUGUUUUUCUGAGUCUAACAGCAUGCAGAGUUACAGCUUCUGGCUUGAAUACAGUAAGAUUUUUACUAUAUUUAUGGAGGCAUGAGGGGCCCAGGGGGGCUAGAUGGUGGUUUUAACACUAAAGGGUCAGGAAUACAUGUUUGUGUUCCUGGCACUAUAGUGAUCCUUUAAGCACAGAGUCUCCUGUUUGAUAGUUACCAAAUGUACCAUUUCUCUUUCGGUAUUGUAUGUUUCUGGUGCUUGCUUUUUCUUGUUGGUCUACGCAGAUGUCCCAUUUUUCUGUCUCCAAAAUAUUCUAAUCAACAUCCUGUCAUCACCAUUUAUUAGUUCAAAAUGUAUGGUUUAUUUUUGUGUUCCUCUUCUCUCUGCAGGUAGAUUGGACUUAUAGUUCCUCCGCCAUGGCUACCAAGUCCCCUCCCCCUUUGAUGAAGAAGCACAGUCAGACUGACCUCGUUAGCCGAUUGAAGACACGCAAGAUACUUGGCGUGGGAGGUGAAGAUGAUGAUGGAGAGGUUCACCGGUCAAAGGUGAGUAAAGAUAUUUAUGCAACUGAAGAUACCUUCAUUCAGAGGUAGACCACCUGAAGCUGUCUAGUUCUUACAUUACCUGGAUUAUCUGGGUUAUAAGCGGUUGAUCCACCUUCUGGGGGUUUCACAGGACCCAGCUCUUUAAUGUCUUAUUUAGAACAAAUUAUUUGGUUUGCACACAAGCCAUGGAUUUGUCAACGGAGAACUAGUGGGUACCACCUUGUUCAUUCGGAUGGGUGAUUGUCCGCUUAGACACACAUGGCUACAUUUGGAUCUCCCAGAUAUCUGUGUGUAAACUACGCAUCACAUGAUGCUCAGUCCACAUUUAACGCUUCUGAGACGUUUUCAUAUUAAAAAAAACCCCGGUGAACCAAGCUACAAGUAACUCAACAUCCCUGUUGUAUUGUCACGGCUAUAUGUGGCUUUUGGGGAGUAUGGGACGUUGUGAUCACAAGUGAAUGGCAUGUCAAGUAAUGGACCGAGCGGUGUAAAUGGUCUGCCAGUUAUCUAGGCCAUUAGACAGAAUCACCUGAGCGCUGUCAGUUUGAUGGAUGGGAGACGAAUAAAGUUGCAGAGCCAAACUCGUUGUGUCUGUCACCCGCUGCAGUGGUCCAUCUAAUCCGGGAAAAUGUUACCUAGCCUCUUGCUGAUGCAGAAAGGGUUAAUGAAAGAUACAUUUUCAUUUAUUUGGCCAUGGAUAUUACUGCAACAUUUGAAAAUAAAUUACAGUUUUAUAUAAAUAAAAUGCUUUCCAUGGUAUAUUCCACGGUUUAAUGUGCUAUUUCUGUUUCCCACGUCUCAUCUUCUCUCAUUAUUUUAUUUUAUCGCGUGUCAUCCUGCUGUGCUCUGUGGGGAAAUUUUUUUUGCACUAAUGCCAUUCUCCGUUAAGUUUCCCUCUAAUCUUCUCUAAACUGCCUUCUUUUCUUUUCUUCCCCGUAGUUUCAGCAGAUGCUGUCGGCUUUAAUUCCAUCACCCCCAUUCUUCGUAACCCCUUAGCUAGCGCCGGAGACAGGCAGAGCCACGUCAAUGCGAUAAAGGCACUUAUACACGUAAAAGCCGAACGAAGAUGCAUGCAUUACUGCCGCUCUAACUAGCUUUACUCAGACUGGGAGUACUCUGAUAUGUGCUACAGGGCCGCUGGUUAGCCCUAGCAAUGCCACAGCACAGAUACACUUAUUCGCUGAACACAGAAGUGAAUUGAAUCCAAAUUAGCUGAUUAAAAAUUAAGAAAUAAAUGUAGAAAAGGAAAAAUCUAGUUAGCCUGAUGCAGUUGCAGAUUGGUUUUCAAUUCGUCAUUAUUCACAUUUUGGUGAUGACAGGAUGUUGAUUAGAAUAUUUUGGAGACAGAAAAAUGGGACACCUGCGUCGACCAAACGGAAAAAGCAAGCACCAGUAACAUACAAUACCGAAAGAGAAAUGGUACGUUUGGUAACUCUCAGACUAUCAAACAGGAGACUCCGUGCUUAAUAGUAGACAAUUAGUCUUCACCGACCUAUUACUCUUAAUAAAGUAGAAACAAUGUAGUUUAAAAAAAAUAAAAUGUGAAUAAUGACCAAUUGAAAACCUCUAUGAGGCCAGGCAGUCUAUAUCCCUUUUCGGAUCCUUGCUCAGCCUAAAGCGUAUUGAGCGAUCGGCAGGUGAGGCAUGCUGGGAGAUGUAGUUUCAUAGCUUUGCUGUCUGCUGGCCACCCCAUGCUCUCACACAUUUCUUUAUUUACUUUCAGAUCAGUCAAGUUUUAGGAAAUGAAAUCAAAUUUGCAGUUCGAGAACCCCUGGGUUUGAGGUAGGUUCCUCCACAAAGUAUAUUGUCACUAUGGAUUUCCUUUGGGAUUUUUGAAAAAAAACCAAAAACAUUAUUUUGGAAAGAUUACUUUGUUUGAUAACUGUGGAGCUCUGCUUCAACUAUUAGAUUGAAUUAUGCAAAUCUGCUGCCACUCACUCCAUGCCUACUCCAGUAAUGGUAAUUGGUUUUGUUACAUUAAAAAGCUAUUUUAUAUCCCAAUUCCAAGUGCUCUGGAGACCUUAACACGUGUUACAAAUGUUUGAGGGAAAGUAAAAAAAUGUACACUGCAGUUAACGCUCCCCCAAGUGAAGAAUCAGUUUGUCAAUUUUGGAGAAAAUCAACUAUCUGAAGCUCAGUAGUGCCUCCAUCUGGCUACUGUUGGAACUGCAUGUGUUUGUCAUUUUAUUAUGCUUCAGAUAUAACAUCAUAGUCAAUGAAGUGAAAAUAGUCAGGAAUUCACGGGGAAUUUCAAAAAAAAUAAAAAUUUCUGGCUUGGAAGUGUGACUGACUUGAGUGAAUCCAGUUUAGCUAUGUUUUCGCUUAAAUUUGAAAUUCCCAUCGUCCUUUGAUUCGGUACAUUAAUGUUUAAAUGUAACACACUGUUUGGAGACCUGAAAUUAAUUAAAGCCAUUCUGGCAAACCGCUAAAAGGAGCUGAACUGCACACCCAUCAACCUGUUCAGUCACUCAUGAUAGGAAUUGUAGUCCAAUAGAAGUUUGCAAACUGCAGGUUGUUAGUCAUUGUAUACAAAUUGUGCAGAGACAUUGUCUGGUUUGAUACAAUUUUCAUGACAUUCCGUCGUUCUCUUCCAACAGGUUAUGGCAGUUCCUUUCGGCUGUAAUGUUCACCGGGAUUGCAGUCAUGGUAAGUUGUUGCAGUUAACGAACCUAUUUAUAUAUUGUAUCCAAAGCAAAUGAUUCACACGGCGUGAGAGAGCAAGAGUUGCAAAUUUGUAUUCAGUGCAUCAUUUAUUUUCACUGAACCCUUUAGGAUAAAUAACUUUAAGCUGUCCGUUCGCCAAAAUUUUAAAACCUUUCUUUUAAUAUUACCUUAACACAUUAAGUAGCUAGAUUGGUAUGGGACGCAACAUGAUACGAGGGGGCAAGCUUUAAGAAUUCGGAAAAUCAUUUAUUUAUUUUAUUUUUACUAAAUGUGAAAUUGUCCAGGCUUGAAUAUUUUUUUAACUUGCUUUUCCCACCAAAGGAUCUGUCUGCAGAAAAAAAAAAAAACGCUGUGAAAGAGCUUUCAUGAGAUUUCAGCAGUCCUUCUGUCCGCCUCGAGUUCUGGCAUUUUCUGUUCUCUUGUUCCUUAGUUAUUCUCCCCAGUUACUUUACAUCCAUUUAAUCCCUUUCAGUUCGAUGUACUUGAUAUUUCUUUAUCUUCAGUUCAAUAGUUUUUCUUUUUCUCAGCUAAUGCAUGUUUUAGAGACAAGGAACACGUUCUCUUUCCUUCCUCCUGCCUCCCUCUAGGGUUUGUCCUAUAAAAUUCAUGCAGCUUUUUGGGUUGGGAGAGAGAUUAUGCUACAUUUGUCUGCAUUCUCGGUUAUAAAUGCUGAUUUUCUUCCUCUGCAGAGUAUCUGUGAUGGUGCAUGCACAAGAUGGAAGCAUUUUUUUUGUGUGUGUGUCAAAAUGAUAAAGGAAUAAGUGGGGGGUAUUUUUCAGUUUCUGUUAACCGUAAGAUAGAGCACUGUAAUUAAUCAGUCUUGUAGGUGCUGUAUUCGCCAAACUACGGCGUUUAAUUGCUAAACUGGGACUUGGGGAAAAUUAUCAACUGUUUAACUGUUUUGACGAAGCUAACCCUAAUGGCAAAAUUUUCAGACCGCUUUUUUUUGCCUCUUUUCCUUUUCUGCUACUUGUAAUUUCCAGUUUAACAAAUGCAUUCCUCUAUUUUGCCAUCAAUCUACACCUAUUUUCUCUAGUUGUAGCAGUUAGCAUGAUGAUGAUGCCACUAGUGAAUCUUAAAAAAAUUAUUAUUGAAACCUCUAGACCUUUUUGUGCAGGUCUAAAUGCUCAAGCGAACGUGUCUACCGGACAGCAUAAUAUUUUGUUUGAUAUUAACAGUUUCUGUUCUGCUAAAAGAACAGCGAUCCCUGCUUGCACUUCAAUAUAGGACCAAUACAAACCACCUGGCUAAAGGAUACUCCGUAUUUGUAUUUUAUUUCCUCCCAUAAAAGUUAACUUGCAAGAAAUGUCUGUAAUUCAAGGGUUCUGCUUAACCUCUUAUAUAGAAGAUGUUCAAUUCAAUAAUAGUUUGAAAUAUUAGCAGAGGUUCCAUGCCAGUGCAAACUUGGAGAGUAAUUCUCCCUCAAAAUUUACCCAGCAAACCAAAAUAAAGAAUAUUGGAUGAACAUGUAAAUUUUGGAUUGACCUCUAAUCAUUUUUUUAUUUUUUUUUCAGCUAGGGUUUAGGGAAAUGCUAUGAUAACAUAACCUUCUAUGCAUGUCAUCUGUGUAGGGAGGAGUCUGGUAACUAUAGGCCAGUAAGCCUUACUUCAGUAGUGGGGAAAGUGAUGGAAACCAUGUUAAAGGAUAGGAUUGUUGAACAUCUAAAAACACAUGGAUUUCAAGAUCAGAGACAACAUGGGUUUACUUCAGGGAGAUCAUGCCAAACUAAUCUUAUUGAUUUUUUGAUUGGGUAACUAAAAUAAUAGAUCAGGGUGGUGCAGUAGACAUUGCUUACCUAGAUUUCAGUAAGGCUUUUGACACUGUUGCACAUAGAAGGCUUAUCAAUAAACUGCAAUCUUUAAGUUUGGAUUCCAAUAUUGUUGAAUGGGUAAGGCAACAGAGGGGUUGUAGUCAGUGGAGUAUAUUCGAAGCUUGGACUUGUCACCAGUGGGGUACCUCAGGGAUCUGUACUUGGACCCAUUCUCUUUAAUAUUUUUAUUAGUGAUAUUGCAGAAGGUCUUGAUGGUAAGGUAUGUCUUUUUGCUGAUCAUACUAAGAUACAUAACAGGGUUGAUGUUCCAGGAGGGAUAAGCCAAAUGGCAAAUGAUUUAGGUAAACUAGAAAAAUGGUCAGAGUUGUGGCAACUGACAUUUAAUGUGGAUAAGUGCAAGAUAAUGCAUCUUGGACGUAAAAACCCAAAGGCAGAGUACAGCAUAUUUGAUAGAGUUCUAACCUCAACAUAUGAGGAAAGGGAUUUAGGGGUGAUUAUUUCUGAUGACUUAAAGGUAGGCAGACAAUGUAAUAGAGCAGCAGGAAAUGCUAGCAGAAUGCUUGGUUGUAUAGGGAGAGGUAUUAGCAGUAGAAAGAGGGAAGUGCUCAUGACAUUGUACAGAACUCUGGUGAGACCUCACUUGGAGUAUUGGACACAGUACUGGAGACCGUAUCUUCAGAAGGAUAUUGAUACCUUUAGAGAGAGUUCAGAGCUACUAAACUGAUGGGUUCGGGGUGGGGCCAAAUGCCUUGCUGGCCAAUCAGCAUCUCCUUAGAAAUGCAUUGAAUCAAAGCAUCUCUAUGAGGAAAGUUCAGUAUCUGCAUGCAGAGGUGGGGAGAUACUGAACGGCAGUGCUACUCACUGUUCAGCACUGCCCUAGGAACCACCUCUAAAACACUGCAAAAAAGGCUGCAGGGAAUGAUUAUACCCCACCCAGAACAAAUGCAAUAAGCUGUAGUUGUUCUUGUGACUAUAGUGUCCCUUUAAGGCUAGGUGAAAUGUUAUGUCCAAUUUUGUGAUUAAACCUGUAUAUAAUAGUUUGGCAGUGAAAGGGUUACAUGCAAGUGAAAUGGUAAUAUGUAAAAAUGCUGCAAAUGUUGUAUGAAUGGCAUUAUCAUAGAUGUCGCUGAAUAUUUUUACAUUCACAGCUGAUUAGUGUCAGUGUUUUGUGGUAAUGAGCUUUCCUAUAAAAUGAAUGAUAUGUCCUAUUUAAACAAGUUCUAUCAUGUGGCUGCCUUGCCUUACAAACUAAGCAAAACUAGAAUCUGAUUUCAAAUGGUACAUGGUUUUUCCAGUGGAGAGUCAAAAAUGGGUCGCAAGAGAAUACUGAGAACGGGCAGCAGCUGAAAUAGCCUGCCCUUCGGUGGGUCCCCGCUCAGUUCUCAAGCUGAUUUUUGCUCAUCUUGUGCCAUUACAGAGAGAACAUAUCUGAAGCAUAUCAGACUGGUCCCACCCAUACGGGCAGUCCAGAUCCGAAAUGCCAGCAAGUUCUCUCUGCACGAAAGAUACAGCAACCCCAGACGAUCGUUUCAGCCUUGUUAGGCACAAGAUGAGCAAAAAUCAGCUUGCGAACUGAGCGGGGACCGACCGAAGGGCAGGCUAUUUCAGCUGCUGCCCGUUCUCAGUAUUCUCUUGCGACCCAUUUUUGACUCUCCACAAGUUUAAAGGGAUAAUCCAGACGUGGACCCCUUGCUCACGGUGCCUAGGGAGAUAUCAGCUAUGCCUCACUGACGAUGCCUAACAAGGCUGAAACAAUCGUCUGGGGUUGCUGUAUCUCUCGUGCAGAGAGAACUUGCUGGCAUUUCGGGUCUGGACUGCCCGUAUGGGUGGGACCAGUCUGAUAUGCUUCAGAUAUGUUCUCUCUGUAAUGGCACAAGAUGAGCAAAAAUCAGCUUGAGAACUGAGCGGUGACCGACCGAAGGGCAGGCUAUUUCAGCUGCUGUCCGUUCUCAGUAUUCUCUUGCUAUACGAGGAAAACAAAAAGAAUUAACCUAGGGCCAAAAUUUAGAUAUCACAAGGUAGAGGGCACAAAAAAGGGGGGUAACCCCUAAAUGGUGAAUAUCAUAGGGAAUAAACAGAAAAAGAAACAAAUGCCAUUCUACCUGUGUAUGAUUUACUGAGAGGACUGUAGAUUAAAAAGUAACUUUUAAUAAAUAAAUCUAAAAUAAGAAUAUAAAAAAAGAGAAAAAUAAUAUGAACAGCAGGAGUAAAUUGAGACUAUACAGCGAGUAAAACUCUGUGACUACUUAUAUAAGCUGUAAAAGUGUAUACAUAAUAACACUAAUGCUGAAGCAAUACUGUUUAGCUACAAUAUAACAUCAGUGUAUUCCCAAGUAAUAGAAGUGAUACUGUAUUAUAUAUCACUAAUAGCUGUAGCAAAAAGGGGGGGUGGAGAUAAGACAACUGCUAAACCUGUGCUGUCAAUAGUUCAGCUAAGACAGAUUUCUGACAGACGGCGAUUAGCCAGUUAAAUAUCACUAAAGCUGCCUAGAUCAUAGCAGCAUUUUGAUAAUAAAUUAAAGCUUGCUGUCAAGCAGUAAAGUGUAAAAUAAGGGGUUGCUGACCUGGCUCUGUUUAUUUCCUGCAAGAUACCUAGCAGUAUAUUCUAGUGUUACAACAGCUGCCUGCACUGAAUGAUGUUAACUUAUGCUUGACCACAGUGGAGCACAAAGUAGUAGCUCACCUGUGAAGGACUGCUGACAGGCAGCAGUUAACUGGUUAAAAAUCACACAAGUUGCCUAAAUGCUAGCUGCAUCUAAAUAAUAGGUCAAAAUGCUGCUAUGAUCUAGGCAGCUUUAGUGAUAUUUAACUGGCUAAUCGCCGUCUGUCAGAAAUCUGUCUUAGCUGAACUAUUGACAGCACAGGUUUAGCAGUUGUCUUAUCUCCACCCCCCCUUUUUGCUACAGCUAUUAGUGAUAUAUAAUACAGUAUCACUUCUAUUACUUGGGAAUACACUGAUGUUAUAUUGUAGCUAAACAGUAUUGCUUCAGCAUUAGUGUUAUUAUGUAUACACUUUUACAGCUUAUAUAAGUAGUCACAGAGUUUUACUCGCUGUAUAGUCUCCAUUUUCUCCUGCUGUUCAUAUUAUUUUUCUCUUUUUUAUAUUCUUAUUUUAGAUUUAUUUAUUAAAAGUUACUUUUUAAUCUACAGUCCUCUCAGUAAAUCAUACACAGGUAGAAUGGCAUUUGUUUCUUUUUCUGUUUAUUCCCUACAGUAUUCUCUUGCGACCCAUUUUUGACCCUCCACAAGUUUAAAGGGAUAAUCCAGACGUGGACCCCUUGCUCACGGUGCCUAGGGAGAUAUCAGCUAUGCCUCACUGACGAUGCCUAACAAGGUUUUCCCAGUAAAACGUUUUGGUGUUGUUGAGUUUGGAUUCCUUGUCCGGUACGGUAAAGGUUUGGUGGUGGUCAUGCGAGAUCAUCUUGUCUGACACAGAAAAGGCUCGGCUGUGUUUAUUUCUUGUAUGAUGCAAUGAAGGUUUAGUGGUGAGAGAGGUUGUCUUGUUCGCUAGUAGUAGUAAUGGUUUGGUGGUGAAGAGGGUGGCUGCCUUGUCUAGUGCAGUAAAGGUUUGGUAGUGGUGAUGUCUUGACUGGUACAGUUAUAGUUCGUGAUGGUGAGUAAGGCCCUCUUGUCCGAUAUAGUAAAAGGUUUGGUGGUGGUGAUGAUGUCUUGUCUGGUGCAAUAAAAGGUUUAUUGGUGGUGGCUUUCUUGUCCGGUACAGUAAGGGUUUGGUGGUGGUGAUGUCUGAUGCAAUAAAAGGUUUAGUGGUGGUGGUUUUCUUGUCCGGUACAGUAAGGGUUUGGUGGUGAUAACUUCUUAUUCUAUAUAAUAAAGGGUUGUGUGUUGGUGAUUUCUUGACCAAUUAUGGUUGGGAUUUGGUGAGGGAGGACAUCAUGUCAAAUAUAGUGAAGGAUUUUGUGGUGGCAACAUAGGGUAACUUGCCCAAAACUGCAUACAGACACGGCCGCUCAGAUAUGUACUCCUACUUUUUACCAGAAUCCCACGUUUACUGUCCUAGGUUUGGUAAACAAUCUGGGCCAGUAUUUUGCAUAAUAUAAUAACUGUUGCAGACCAUAUGUCUUUGAACUGUCCUUCCUUGGAUGUUUUGACAUCCUUAAGAAAAUCUAAUUCAAAUUCAGCCAACGUGCCACGGUAAGAUAAUACUGGACGAUAAAUAUUGGUUUUGGUUGGACGCGAAGUAGUGAGCUGGCAACUAGGUAGAAAAACUUGGGUGCAGUCCUUUUUAAAAUGGAGAGUUUGUUUAGACUCUAAACAAAUUAACUCACAAUAGCUCUGUUUAGUGAUAAAACCCUUUAGAAUAUACAGAAAGGCAUUGGCUAAUGGGUUCCCUUGCUAUUACAAAAUGCCAUUCCCUGUAAAGUGACUCUUCCCAACAGUAGUAAUAAAAUACUAGACUUUCAAUUUAUUUGACUGCAAUAAAAAAAAAGUCCCUUAAUUUCAAAACUUAUUUAAAUCACGGGAUUAUUGGCUAUAGUGAGAAUUCCAGGUAAAUUCAAAGUGAUUUUCAAAUUGACGUUCAAAGUUGCUGACCUGUUUAAAAGAAAAAAGAAAAUUCUCUUGAUCAGCUUUGUUUUCAGUUGAGCUACACUGGCCUUCAAUUUGAAAUUCACUUUGAAUUUUCACUUCAGUAAAUAACUCUGUUAGCCGGAUAGGAUACAGUUUGGAAUCUGGAACAGAAUGUGCCCAAGGACCGCCUUUUAAGCUUUGUACAAGAUAGCUCUUUAGAGUUCUCAUCCGUGGCAGACGUGUGGCUUUUGGUUUAGUUUCAUUAGCAGGACCGUGCUUGUGGCCAACUCUGAUGCCGCCAUCGCUGCAUUGGGAACAGAAUAAUUUCACCCUUAAUAAAUUUAUUCUCUGGCAUCCGAGCCAGCUGUGAGUGCUGCAUCGACAAAAAUGGCGUGCUGUUGCCACUCUGUGUCCUGCAGGAUACAUUGUGUGCUUUGUAUUUCCAGGCAUCAUUUCUCAGUACAGAAAGCGUUCCUUGUUGCAUCGAUUUCACGCUCUCACACUGUGCCUGCAUGUGGAGUGCCAGACUCCAAAUUGACACAACCUCGCUCUUCUAAUGAAAGAUAAUAGAGAUUCAUUGAACUUUGAAAUCGCGGCUGAAUUGGAGAGUGGGCAUUUCUCUUGCUGUAUGCCGGUGGAAACGUCUUCAGUGAACGUAUUAACUCUUAUCUGUAUCUCAAAGUGGUGAGAUCUUAUCUUCUGCUUUCUGCUCCUGCAGGCUCUAACUUUCCCCGAUCAGCUGUACGAAGCGGUUUUUGAUGGAGGUACAGUGAGCAGCAAAACGUCGACGCGUCUAUACGGAGGGGCCCUAUUCAGUAAGUAGACUCGUCUUACAGACCUAAGACGAACACUUUCCAAGGGUUAACUUGUGUAUCCUCAGCAUAAUGGUGGUACAUUCAUGUAGGGUUUAUAUAGUAGCAGGACUUCUGAUCAGUUGACAAGAAAACUGCAAAACGUAAGUGAAAAUGGCUAUAUAUAUAUAUAUAUAUAUUCUCUCUCAGUUGGGCCAUUUUGGUCAAUCAUACUGUAUAUUCUGUUUAAUGCCAGGUUUAGUGAAUAUAUCUAGUAGGGAAUUAUUUACUACACAUCCAAAGUUCAGCUAAUUUAAUUAGUCUAUGCUUGAGGGUGCUCUUUGAUCUGCCCAAAAAAAAUUUGUACCAGUAAGGAAUUGUAACAUCGGGGUCCAAGAAUUCUUAAGGUGAUCAUUAAAAUCCUAUGAGUUAUGGUUUCAAAAAGCAUUGUGAUAUCUGAAAGGAUUAGAAAUGAGAUCUUACCCCAGUUUCUCGCCAUCGGCUAUUCAGCAUGUCUUCUAAAUUCUGUCCAAUCAUUUUCCUAUUGAGUUUUAGCACAUUUCUAAAUAAAAAUCCCUGGAACUCCUUGACCAUGCCUAAUUUCCAUAAAAAAAUAUAUCAAUUGUUUUUAAUGACAUUGACAGGGGAGGAUUUCAGUACUGACUUCCUAAUUUGUUUUGUAGGUAUCUCUCUGAUCAUAUGGAAUUCCAUGUAUACAUCUGAGAAGGUAAUCAUCCGAUGGACACUUCUGACUGAAGCCUGCUACUUCAGCAUCCAACUCAUUGGUGAGUGGUUAUUGGUGAUGUCCCCUUGUACACAAAAAAAAUUAUGAAUGUUGUCCCUUUGCAAGCAUUUGUUUUGCUUGUGGCUAGCAUGACUCUUUUUGGAGAAGCUUCUCAUUCAAGCUGAGGCAACGCAAUUUGAUGAUAUGGGAGGUAGUUUCUUGAUCUGGAGGAAUUCUUUGAAGCAAUCAUCGUGGAGACCAAUGGAAUGUCUCUCUCCUUCCUUCCUUCUUUCCUUUCCUUUCCUUCCCUUCUUUCCUUCCCUUCCCUUCUUCCCUUCCCUCCCCUUCUUCUCUUCCCUCCCUCCCUCCCAGAUAUGGCAACAACAAAAGAGCUGAGUUUAUUUAGUACUGACCAUAACUGUGUACUUUCAGACUUGCCUGCUUGAUUGACUUCAAUUAUUAAUUGCAGCUUAACAACAUUAAUAUCUGAAAUUAGAUUAUUGGUAAACUCCUUGGCUUUCCAAUACAUAACAGGCAAAUUGAGCUGCCUCAGCCUGUAUGAUUACCUUAAUAAAAAUAGAGAAUUAGUCAAUAGCGGUUAUGUUUAGCUAGGCAUUAGUUGUGUUGUAUUGUGUGUUUUUUUUAUUUUAUUUUUUUUUAUUUAUUUUUUUAAAUAACUUUUUCUACCCUAUUUACAAUGCGGGGCAGGGGUGAUACAUAGAGGGGGAUAAUGUAUCUAAGAAAAUUUUAUUUCACAGCUUUUUCAAAGUAUUACGCAUUCUAGAGAUGCCAAACUGAUUUCCAGCAGUUGUGGAACUACCUCCCCACCACAUAAACCCAAUCCAUUAUUCUCUGGUAACCUAUGGCUGGGGUGGAAAAUGACAGGAUGGUUGUAGUUCAAAUUUAAUUAGGGAGAUUUGCUUUUACUUUCCAGACUUGUGCUGAAAUAUAUUUCUCUGACCCUGUGCUAAAUAUAUUUGUCUUUCUGGCAGUGACCACAGUGACUUUGAUAGAGAAUGGAACGUCUUCCAUUGCGGCUGCUGUCCUCGUCUGCAGUUGCCUCCUUUUUGUACUUGUCAGUGCGUACUUUUAUUACCAAGUUGGCCGACGGCAAAAGAAGCUCUGAACUGUUGCUCUGGUGCCGUUUACAUCAUUAUCUUCCAGACACCUCACACAUUGAUCUGUGCGUGUGUUGAGACCGUUUAAAUACGCUCACUGACUGCUGGGAACUGCAGCCUCCUUGGUUUUUGGGAUUAUUUUCCUUAUACUCUCAAGAGGGCGCUGCUGAGCAAAAUGAAGAUUGAGC